UUCACUUUAAACUUUGGUUAAAGUGAUAAUUUCAAAAUAUAAUUGUCUCUCUCUCUCCAAAGAAACCGUAAUCUCCUUGCAAAAUCACCUUAUUGCGUUCAUUGAUCACAACAAUUGCUCUUUUACACUUCGCAACCGUAAAGCGUAUCAUAAUUUACCGUUCUAAUGAAUCUCUCACCACCGAAGUCGCAGCAGCCUCCGUCCAACGUGGCAUCAUCACCGAUAAUCCUCCCUCUUGACCUUAUCACAGAACUGCUUUCUUUCCUUCCGGUCAAAUCUCUGCUGCAAUUCAGGUGCGUUUGUAUGUCAUGGAAAAUCCUAAUAUCCGAUUCUUUCUUCGUCAAAUUGCACCUUCAGCGAUCUAUACAAAACCCUCGACUUGCAGUCACACAGGAGUCUAGAGAAUGUUCAAUGGAUGUCAUUGUUUCACCAACCUCCUUGAGUCAUUUAUUGGAGAAUCCGUCGAAGCCGACCACCCUUACCAACGAUCCUUACUAUAGUUUGAAUGAUAAGGAUUGUCGUUCUGUUGCUGGUUCUUGCAAUGGAUUGUUAUGUUUGUUGGGUCUUUCCGAGGAUAGAGAGAUGUGGCUCCGUUUCUGGAACCCUGCUACCAGGGCAAUAUCUGAUAAAUUAGGGCAUUACCCUGCUGAUUUCACAGGAGGUUUCGAGGUGGCAUUUGGAUACGAUAAUUCAACGGAUACUUAUAAGGUAGUGUACUUACAGAAAGGGAUGACGGGAGUAUUUAGUUUGGGCGAUAAUGUUUGGAGAAAUAUUGAAAGUUUUCCUUUAGGUUAUUACCUAGAUAAUCGUGUGCAUUUGAGAGAUAGUCUGAAUUGGUUGGGAUUACGCAGUUACGUUGAUGAUUGUGAUGAUUAUGAUUGCGAAUAUAUUACUUCUAUUGAGCAAUUUAUGAUUGUUGCACUUGAUCUGCGUACAGAGACAUGCAAAGAGUUGCUUCUCCCUCGAGGUUUUGACGAAGUCCCAUGUUAUGAGCCAUCUCUAUGUGUGUUGAUGGAUUGCAUUUGUUUUUCUCAUCUUGUCAAGAAAACCCAUUUGGUUAUAUGGAAGAUGAUGGAUUAUGGAGAUGAUGAUUCUUGGACUCAAUUACUCGAGAUUAAUCUUCAAAUUCUGAAAAAAAUUGAUGAGUGGUCGGCAUGGGUGCCAUUGCACCUUUCUAAAAAUUAUGAUACACUGAUACUGGGAAGCACUCUUGAACAUGAAUUUGCUGUCUAUAAUUUGAGAGAUGGUAGCAUAGAGAAAACUAGAAUUACCAAUGGGGAAAGCUCGUGGAUCUAUAUCAAUGAUUAUGUUGAAAGCUUGGUUUUCUGUCAUUGAAAAUAUCAACGUUAUUGAUGGUGCAUGGCUGGAUGAGGAAAUGAUACGAAGAAAGAAAAGAAGAAAGAGGCUUAUUGUAGCUACGAAUGCUUCAAUUAUAGUCCCUUAUAUGUUUAUCUUUUUGGUUUCUUUGCAGAACUUCAUUUAUACUUUUUUCUAUGCAAUUUAAAUGCACUUUUAUAAGAUCAUUCGGGUAUGAACAAGAACCACUUAGCAAUUU